UGAGGUCCCCGAGUUUCCAGAAAGUCACGAAAACCAUAAUCAGGAAUGGACCUAUGCACUGCGCCAGAAACACGGCUUUGAUUUUGACUAACUCCAGUCGUGGGUCGACUCCAGACUUCGCGGACUUAGCGGCAUCAACCUGUGGACUUGCAAAGACUGCCGCUCGCUAGUCUUUAAAAUUGGGAGUGCACAGCUUAGAAGAACUUGACUGGAGAGAGUCCAUGAAUGGCACUCGAAAUGGAGAGUGGUGGCGAUGAAGACGUGAUGCUUCCAGGCUUCCGCUUCCAUCCCACCGACGAGGAGCUCCUCACUUUCUACUUGCACCGCAAGGUGGAGCACAAGCCCCUGGCGAUCGAGGUGAUCACGCAGCUCGACAUAUACAAGUUUGAUCCAUGGGAGCUCCCAGGUAAAGACCAUCCUCGGAUCUUGAUCGAAAGCUCUCGAUCACCGAGAUAUCAAUUGUGGAUUUCUUCGGUCUCGGCAGGAGCAUCAUCGACUGGUUGUGGAGAGCAAGCGUCCUACUUCUUUUGCCCGCGGGACCGGAAAUAUCGCAACAGCAGCAGGCCAAACCGGGUGACCUCGGGCGGAUUCUGGAAAGCCACGGGCACGGACCGGGUCGUGCACUCGGCCAAGCCGGGCCACAAGUGUAUCGGGCUCAAGAAAUCGCUGGUUUUCUACAAGGGACGAGCGGCCCGGCCUGUCAAGACGGACUGGAUGAUGCACGAGUUCCGGAUGCCGCAGCUGUCCAACAAGGAUAUCUUCCAGCCGCGAGGACCAGAGGAAUGCUGGACGGUAUGCAAAGUGUUUAGAAAGCUUGGGCCAGUGCACGGACCUCUCAAACGACGGGCGCUGGGAGAAUAGCGAAGAAAUGCCAAGUGAAUGUUUACUAUGUUUAUAAAUUAUGAAUAAUUAUAGGACUAAUACCAUGGUUAUUAAAACAAA